UGGUCGCAGCGCCUACCAGAAAGGCUGUGGGGCAGCGGGGCUGCGGGGCGGGGCGGGAACCGGAGGUGAGGAGCGUGCGGGCUGCAGCCGCGAGCCCGCGGCGGCCCUGCUUUGCGGAGGACGGCUCUCGCCGCCGCGCGCGCCGCGGAGCCCCGCACACAAUAGCGGCGUGCGCAACCCCGCGCCCUUCCCCCCCGCCCGCACCCCCCACCCCCCUGCCGCCGCCGAGCCGCCUGCCUCACCUGCGGUCCCCGGGGGGGAGGGCAUUGUUCGCCGCCGCCGCGGGGCCAUGGGAGCCGCCGGGCGCCCCGGACCGGGCCCGGUGAGGAGGUCGCGCCGUCGCUGAGGCGGGCUCCGGCGUGCAGCCCCGCGGCGCAGGUGAGCCGGCCGGCCGCGCCAUGGUGGACUCCGUGGGCUUCGCCGAGGCGUGGAGGGCGCAGUUCCCGGACUCAGAGCCGCCGCGCAUGGAGCUGCGCUCGGUGGGUGACAUCGAGCAGGAGCUGGAGCGCUGCAAGGCCUCCAUUAGGCGCUUGGAACAGGAGGUGAACCAGGAGCGUUUCCGUAUGAUCUACCUGCAGACGCUGCUGGCCAAGGAGAAGAAGAGCUACGACCGGCAGCGCUGGGGCUUCCGCCGCGCUGCGCAGCCCCCGGACGGUGCCGCCGAGCCCCGAGCGCCCGCCCAGCGCCAGCCGCCCGCUCCCGCCGACGGCGCAGACCCGGCACCCGUCGAGGAGUCCGAGGCGCGGCCGGACGGAGAGGGGUCACCGGGGAAGGCACGGCCGCCCUCCGCCCGCAGGCCAGCGGCUGCUGCGCCGGCGGAUAGAGACGACCGAGGGCCCCCCACCAGCGUGGCGGCACUCAGAUCCAACUUCGAGAAGAUCCGCAAGGGACCUGCCCAGCCCGGCUCUGGCGACCCUGAGAAGCCCUUCUACGUGAACGUCGAGUUCCACCACGAGCGUGGCCUGGUGAAGGUCAACGACAAAGAGGUAUCCGACCGGAUCAGUUCUCUAGGCAGCCAGGCCAUGCAAAUGGAGCGCAAGAAGUCCCAGCAAAGCACUGGGCAGGGUCUGGGGGAAGCGCCCAGACCCCACUACCGCGGGCGCUCCUCGGAGAGCAGCUGUGGCCUCGACGGUGACUACGAGGAUGCGGAGUUAAAUCCCCGCUUCCUGAAGGACAACCUAAUCAAUGUCAACGGCGGCAACAGGCCCCCUUGGCCGCCCCUGGAGUACCAACCCUACCAGAGCGUCUACGUCGGAGGUAUGAUGGAAGGGGAGAGCAAGGGCCCGCUCCUGCGAAGCCAGAGCACUUCGGAGCAGGAGAAGCGCCUCACCUGGCCCCGCAGGUCCUACUCCCCCCGGAGUUUUGAGGACAGCGGAGGAGGUUAUACCCCGGAUUGCAGCUCCAAUGAGAACCUCACCUCCAGCGAGGAGGACUUUUCCUCCGGCCAGUCCAGCCGCGUGUCCCCAAGCCCCACCACCUACCGUAUGUUCCGGGACAAGAGCCGCUCACCCUCACAGAAUUCGCAGCAGUCCUUUGACAGCAGCAGCCCCCCGACGCCACAGUGUCAGAAGCGACACCGACAGUGUCAGGUUGUGGUGUCUGAGGCUACCAUCGUAGGUGUCCGCAAGACCGGGCAGAUCUGGCCCAGUGACGGGGACAGCACCUUCCAGGGGGAUGCAGAUUCCUCGUUCGGCACACCACCUGGGUACGGCUGUGCCGCAGACCAGGCCGAGGAGCAGCGCCGGCACCAGGAUGGGCUGCCCUACAUCGAUGAUUCGCCUUCCUCCUCUCCACACCUCAGCAGCAAAGGCAGAGGCAGCCGCGAUGCUCUGGCCUCAGGAGCCCUGGAGCCCAGCAAAGCAAGCGAGCUGGAUUUGGAAAAGGGCUUGGAGAUGAGAAAGUGGGUUCUCUCGGGAAUCCUGGCCAGCGAGGAGACAUACCUGAGCCACCUGGAGGCUCUGCUAUUGCCCAUGAAGCCUCUGAAAGCCGCUGCCACCACCUCGCAGCCGGUGCUGACCAGCCAGCAGAUCGAGACCAUUUUCUUCAAAGUACCUGAGCUCUAUGAGAUCCACAAGGAAUUCUACGACGGCCUGUUCCCCCGCGUGCAGCAAUGGAGCCACCAACAGCGUGUGGGUGACCUCUUCCAGAAGCUGGUGAGCCAGCUGGGUGUGUACCGAGCCUUCGUGGAUAACUAUGGAGUGGCCAUGGAAACGGCGGAGAAGUGCUGUCAGGCCAACAGUCAGUUUGCAGAAAUAUCUGAGAACCUGAGAGCCAGGAGCAACAGAGAUGCCAAGGACUCCACCACCAAGAACUCUUUGGAAAAUCUGCUCUAUAAGCCUGUGGACCGGGUGACAAGGAGCACACUAGUCCUACACGACUUGCUAAAGCAUACUCCGUCCAGCCAUCCUGACCAUUCCCUGCUGCAGGACGCCCUCCGCAUCUCACAGAACUUCCUGUCCAGCAUCAAUGAGGAGAUCACACCCCGGCGGCAGUCCAUGACCGUGAAGAAAGGAGAGCACCGGCAGCUGCUGAAGGACAGCUUCAUGGUGGAGCUGGUGGAGGGGGCCCGCAAGCUGCGCCACAUCUUCCUAUUCACCGACCUGCUCCUCUGCACCAAGCUGAAGAAGCAAAGUGGAGGCAAAACCCAGCAGUAUGACUGCAAAUGGUACAUUCCGCUCACGGACCUCAGCUUCCAGAUGGUGGAUGAACUGGAGGCCGUGCCCAACAUCCCUCUGGUGCCAGAUGAGGAACUGGAUGCCCUGAAGAUCAAAAUCUCCCAGAUCAAGAGCGACAUCCAACGGGAGAAGGUGCGACCGAUUUUGGAGAGUUCGUGCCAGGUUCCGUGGAGCCUGAGUACACAGCAGGCCCUUGCAUUUCGGGUAGGCUUAUGCCGGACACAGGCCUAUACUGUGUCUGGGUACCAUGGCCCACAGUAUAGUACAGUAGAGUGUACAAAAGGUGGUGGUCAGUUUGGCUGCGGGAGAAAAGUGUGUCUCUCAGACUCUGCCCUCUGGGUUCCCCCAGAGCUGAUUCAUGCAGAGUGGGGAAUGACUGGGGUCUGCUCUUCUUUUCCCUCUCUGCAGAGUUACACAUUCCUGAUCUCCUCCGACUAUGAGCGAGCCGAGUGGCGAGAGAGCAUCCGGGAGCAGCAGAAGAAAUGUUUCAAAAGUUUCUCUCUGACGUCGGUGGAGCUGCAAAUGCUGACCAACUCGUGUGUGAAACUUCAGACCGUUCAUCACAUUCCACUGACCAUCAACAAAGAGGAUGAUGAGUCUCCCGGGCUCUACGGCUUCCUGAAUGUCAUCGUCCACUCAGCCACUGGGUUUAAGCAGAGUUCAAAUCUGUACUGCACCCUGGAGGUGGACUCCUUCGGGUAUUUUGUGAACAAAGCGAAGACCCGCGUCUACAGGGACACGACUGAGCCAAACUGGAACGAGGAGUUCGAGAUAGAGCUGGAAGGCUCCCAGACCCUGCGGAUACUGUGCUAUGAAAAGUGUUACAACAAGAUGAAGAUCACCAAGGAGGAUGGCGAGAGCACAGACAAGCUCAUGGGGAAAGGUCAGCUCCAGUUGGACCCCCAAACGCUACAGGACAGAGACUGGCAGCGGACUGUCAUCGACAUGAAUGGGAUCGAAGUGAAACUUUCCGUCAAGUUCACGAGUAGGGAGUUCAGCUUGAAGAGAAUGCCUUCCCGCAAACAGACUGGGGUCUUCGGGGUCAAGAUUGCGGUAGUCACAAAGAGAGAGAGGUCCAAGGUACCCUACAUUGUGCGCCAGUGUGUGGAGGAGAUUGAACGCCGGGGCAUGGAGGAAGUGGGCAUCUACCGAGUGUCUGGAGUGGCCACAGACAUCCAGGCACUGAAGGCGGCCUUCGAUGUCAAUAAUAAGGAUGUGUCCGUGAUGAUGAGCGAGAUGGACGUGAAUGCCAUUGCCGGCACGCUGAAGCUUUACUUCCGCGAGCUGCCCGAGCCCCUCUUCACUGAUGAGUUCUACCCCAACUUCGCAGAGGGCAUCGCUCUUUCAGACCCUGUUGCAAAAGAGAGCUGCAUGCUCAACUUGCUGCUGUCCCUCCCAGAGGCCAACCUAGUGACCUUCCUUUUCCUUCUGGACCACUUGAAAAGGGUGGCUGAAAAGGAGCCAGUGAACAAGAUGUCCCUGCAUAACCUCGCCACAGUCUUUGGCCCCACGCUGCUUCGACCUUCAGAGAAGGAAAGCAAGCUUCCUGCGAACCCCAACCAGCCCAUCACCAUGACUGACAGCUGGUCCCUGGAGGUUAUGUCCCAGGUCCAAGUGUUGCUGUACUUCCUGCAGCUGGAGGCCAUCCCCGCCCCCGACAGCAAGAGACAGAGCAUCCUGUUCUCCACCGAAGUCUAAAGGCCUGGCAUCAGUCGUCUCAGUAAGAGGCCCGCAGAAUGACCUGGAAACCUGUGACGAGAGAAUCCAUCCCCGGAGUGGGAACGGGACUCUUCUUGUGGUGUAAUUUAACCAUUCCCAAGCUCUGGGCCAUCUGUCAAGAGACAAGUACCCAAAGCUGAAGGCCCAAGGGGGGCCUAUACAAACCAUCCAGGUGUGUCUGCAAGUCCCAGGCUGGCCCCAGACUGUACUCUUCCCUUGUUGCCGCCAGAGGGCACCCCAGGCCAGCCCAUCCGCCAGCCUGCAUACAAGGGAAAGGUGGCGAAGAGAGUGGUUUUUACGAAUCUAAUUUAUCAUAAGAGUUCUAAGGAAAAAAAAAAUCUCUACUGGAUCAUUUGUUCCGAUGCACCCUCUCUGGGGAAUAGGGACACCACCAGAUCCCUCACUCUUGUGUCUUGAAUAAACACUGCUGCUGCUUCAUAUUGUGGGGGCCACAGCCAUGUCCCUGUGUGGGUGGGGAUAUCUCCACUUCCCUGACUUUGAGUUCCACUGUCUGUGUACCAGGGCUUGAGAUGCCGAGCCAGCGCUGUAGCAUCUUGACUCCUUGCUGCUUGCUUUGUCUUCCUCCAAGGCUGUGCAGAAGUAGGUCAGGCUCCUGUUGGCUGAUACUCUUGUUUUUGCUAGCUGUGCAGUUCUCAGGAGUAUGCUCCAUCGCAGCCCAGAAGUGUCCGGGGACCAGACACAGGGGGAAGGAGGUCCUGGCCGGGCAUCUUAUGGUUCCUUCUGCAGGGAGAGCGGCCGUGUCCACUGAUCCCCAUCGCCUGCCUGGCACCUGUCUCCCUUUUGGCUGACAAAGGCUGUGACUUCUCUGGCCUGGCUCUGACUACUCUCUCUGUCCCUUGUUGUCCCACAUAAACAUCACGUGAUCACAUCCUUUCCUUGCCCUCAACUGAGCAGACUCAGUUAACUUUUGUAGAGGUUUCUGCUCCGAAGCAGCAACUUGCUCUAGUGGCUUGUUUUAAAACUUUGAUCCGAAAUAGCUUUUGAUACUUGAAUAUUUUUAAGUUUUAUACAUAGUUUCUAAUUUUUUUCCUAAUGGAUUCAGACACCUAAUAUAAGAUACUAGAAUGUACACCGUGGACGGGCAGUGUCCCAUGCAGCAUUCUGUCUUCCUUCGGGAGCCAGCUUUCUUUUUGCUUGGAGUCAUUUCUGAUGUCUCUGGGACAUCGGAAACAUGGGAAGAAGAUAAGGAAAGUCAGACCUGGGGUGGGAGCAGACACCCCAAAGCAGAUUGGAAGCCAACCCACCUUCCGAGAACAUCUGGGAAAAAUAAAGCCUAUAUUCAGGCAAGAGUUGGGAUAGUCUCUUCCUGACCACCCUAGAGAGUAAAAAGAGAAAGGAGACACCACCAGUUAUUUUCAAGGAAGAAAUCCACAAAUCCUUGCAUCGCUUUUAAAAAGGUCUUAGAAUCCUACACUUGGGAGGCUGGGGCAGAAUUGCCGUGAGUUCAAGACCAGCCUUGGCAGCAUAGAGCUUAUCGGGCCAGCCAAGGCUCCAGUGCAGGGCUGUGGGACAGGGACGUGGAGUAGACGGGGAGAGAAGAAAGACUAUAGACUUGAAUCCCAAGCUGCUCCUGCAGAAGGGGGUGUAUAGAUUGCUUGUCACGGAGGACUCUUGCACCUGGUCACAUACCCCACGGUCCCUCCCAUGUGUGGAAGGUGGUGGGUAUGUCCACAUACAGCAUCUGCCAACUCCAUAACCCAUGGGGAUUCCCAAGAGGCAGGGCCAUGUAUGUAUUCCCCUACCGUCUGCUCUUGAACCUGCCCAACAUAUUGGGCAGGAAACAAAAGGCCCUGCAGGGUCUCCAUCUGCAUACAGUAUUUGUUUAGUUGGCCUUUUUUUUUUUUUUUUUUUUUUUUUUCUCAGCAGAGCCACCCUUUGGUCUGCCCUUGAGCAUUUUUGAACCCAGUGGGCUCCUCUAGUCUGGCUGUCCAUCACAGUCCAUCUCAGUGGCACUGACCACUGAGAUGGGAACCCUGCUGCGAAAAGCCAAACCCAGCUGUUGAUUCUGCUCCCUCUGUUGUCUCUUGAUUUGCCUCUGUCACCUUGAACUGGAAAGCAAUAUAUCAACGUGCCAAUUUGCGUUCCCUCGGCCCUCUCCUUCCUCCGUUGCUCUUUAUUUAUAGAGGUGUUGUUUGAUGAUGGAAUGAUCACUCUUGCAUUGUUCUAAAAGUGUUCCUCCGCCAUCCGGCCAUGAUGGCACUGGCUGGGGCUGUCUCUGUUAACCGUCUCACACCCUGCAGGCCUGUAGGCUGGCAAAGCCACGGUGGGGCAUGGAAAAGGCAUGGUGUUCUGCAGGAGCAGGAUAACCUGGCUUUCCCUCUGCAGAGAGAGUGAUGGCCCAGAGUCCAUCAUGACUGUCCACCAAGCACGGCUGCCAGACUCUAAAGGAAGAAGUGGUACUUUCUUACCUUGGAACCUGGGUCCGGGGUACAGUGGGCGUGGCUUCAUGGUGGUAACCUGGCCUCCCCAGCGGGUGGAUGGUUUCUUAGCUGCAAUCUUGCUUUUGAGCUCAGCUGUCUGUACUACCCCUGUGCCGGAAGGACCCACGGACACGCUCAUUAAAGUCUCCUGAGACUA